AUGGCAGCUACACUUGAUUCACCCUCGACCCCUGAGCUUGCAUCAUUAGCGGCACCUAUGGACAAUCCAUGUCUAAGUAAGUGGCAGCGGUCUACACGUGCAUGCCAACUCCUCAAUGUAAACAGGAAUGUGCCUGUGAGAAGCAAGUCUGAAUACGUGGUGCUCGGAUCUGGCUUGUCAGGAGCACUUACAGUGUUCAACCUGCUCGAAAAUGGGGUCAAAGGUAGCGAUGUGUUAAUACUUGAGGCCCGAGAGUUAGCUGGGGGCGCGACGUCGCGCAACGCGGGCCAUAUACGCCCCGAUCCCUUACGAAGCUUUACAAGACAGGCUGCAAUCCAUGGGGUGGAACAGGCUGUCAGGAUUAUUGAAAGCGAACGUCAAGUGUUUGAGAAACUCACGGAUUUCAUUGAAAAGUACAAAAUUCCGUGCGACCUCGACAAGACGACAACUCUCGAUGUCUGUAUGACGCCGUUUUUUGUCGACUACAACGCCUCUGCUUUGAAACGGCUGAAACAGGCCAAGGCAGAUACAUCGGACAUUCGGGUUCAUGAGGGCCCAACGGCAGAAACUGCGUCCAGGAUAUCUGGGGCAUUGGCAGCGUAUGAGUGGCCAGCGGCUUCUGUUCAUCCAGCACUACUAACACAUUGGAUACUGCAAUCGGUAGUAUCAAAAGGUGUCACAAUCUACACCCAUUGUCCCGCGCUGAAAAUCAAGGAAAGUCCAAAAACAUCGUUAGUAUUGUCACCUGUGGAGCCGGCAACAACAACAUGGGAUGUCCAGACUCGCCGCGGAACAAUUACAACUUCGAAAGUUAUACACUGCACCAACGCCUAUGCUGGAUUGCUUCUCCCGGAGCUUUUGCCUUUAAUCACCCCCAAAACCGCACAGGCUCAAAGUGUGGUUCCACCGCCUGCGCUGUCAGGGGACAGGAAGCUGCAUCAAACUUAUCGCAUCAAUUACGCCUUACUGCAUGGGUACAGUCUGAUUCAGAGCCCUGGGGAUGGCAGUAUAGUCCUCGGUGGUUCGUUGGUCAACCCGACCCUGUCUCAAAAGUCGUUGGACUCCAUUAUUGGAAUGGAUGAUCGUUCUGCCAACAUGGAAGUGGCUCGAGACCGAGUACUCAAUUUCCAAAAAUGCUUUCUUUCCGGAGCCAGCAUGAACAACAUCCUUGGCCAAGGCCUCGAACAUUCAUGGUGCGGAAUCAUUGGUGAAACGACCGACUUUGUACCUUUCGUCGGGGGUUUGCCUGGAAGAGAAGGCCAGUUCAUUUGCGCAGGCUUCAAUGGAUUUGGUAUGGUGAACAUUCUCACCUGCGCAGAAGCUGUCGCCAAAAUCACCAAGGGUAUGAGCUUCAGGGACACUCUGUUGCCAGACUGCUUUGAGAUUACGGGGGAGAGACUAGCGAGGAUGAACAAGUCGAAGGCCCCAAACCGUCCUUAUUUGUAG